UGGUUUAUUACUCUGAGAUUUUAACCAAUAGAUAUCCUCAACAUAAUUAUGACGUUAUGACACGUGAUGACACUUAUGUUCCUCGUACGAUCAUUCAUUUGUAUAAAUAUUUACACACAAAUUGUUAAUAAAGUGGGCAUUAAAUAAAAAUGUUAUCAGCAGCUAAAGUGCGUAUACAUGGCAUGCAAGAUGAGAACUGGGUCAUCAAGGAUAAAAUCAGCCAGUACCGAGGCCUCAUCAAACUAUACGAGCGCGACCGCAAAAUCCAUGAGGGUGACCUUCAGAAGCAGAAGCGGCGGUACUCCCGCGACAUCCGCCAGCUGCGCAAAGACAUCUCUUCCAAGCGCGAAGAGCUCGGGGUCGCCACGCAAGGAGACAAGCAGUUUCUGAGGAAUGCCUUCCAAGAGCACAGGCGCCUGCAGCUUAUGUACAUGAAUAGUAAUGCGAGUAAAGUGCUAGAGAGCAUCCACCAGGAGAAUUUUAACAGACGGAAGCAGCUGGACCGCAUCACUUACACCAAGAAAAUAAAGAUGGAGAGGUUUCGAAUGAUGCAGCUGGAAGCUGCGGAGCUCCGUGAUCGUCUGCUGUAUGAGAUCGCGGGCAAGCUGCCGAGCGAGAAGAAGGAGCAAGCCGUGGCCAACUACGUGCAGAAAGCCAACAUCAAAAAGAACGCCGCUCUCGCCAUCAAAGUCAUGUACAAGAAGAUCCUGGAUAUACUCAAGAAGGAUAGCAUCUACUUCGGAGUGGUGCUAGACGCUUUGAAGCUGGACUGCCGGGCGCAGGGCAAGUGCCUCAUGGGAGCCACGGAGAUGGGGCAACUGGCCAUGGAGUAUCUCGACGACCGCAAGUUUGAAUACAACAAGUUAGAAAAACAGAUCAAGAUGAAUAUGAAAGAGAGGGACAGAACGUUGAAGCUGGUGCGGCGCGAGGUCGCCUUCUUGACGGACUCGUUCCCGAAAUUGUUGAGGAAAGAGGAGCUGGGUAAUCUGGAGGAGCUGUACGUGGACGAGGAGGCGGGCAGCGUGCACUCGACGCGCCGCGAGCUGGACGAGGUCAUGGCCGUGUGUCUGCGGCUGCAGCGCGCCACGCUCGUCUCCUCCGAAGAUCAGAUACUCAGGAGGUUACAAGAGCAGAAGUACCAGACGGAGCGUCUGUCCACGCAGCUGGCGGUGAACACGACGCGGCGGGACGCGCUGCUGGAGGGGCGCAAGCACGCCGCCCUCAUGCUCGACACGCUCAAGAACGUGGGGCAGGAGCAGACUUAUGCUUACGUACAAGAGAAGAAAUUGCUCCGCGAGCGACUGGAAGCUGAAAAGAAAGAAGAAUCAGACCUCAUCAAAUCAUUGGAUGAAAAGGGACAACUCAUCAUAAACAUGAAGACGUCGCUGCAACAGAUAAAUCAACUACUGUCUUGUGUCGGAGCCCCGCCGCAGCCCCGCGCGGCGCCGGCGUCCGCCGCGGUGCUGCAGUAUGCCGUGGAGGAGGACCUCCAGCCCGUGCCAGUCGUCGAGACUGACUUGGACAAGUUGAUAGCCGAGUGCGUGAAGCGCCUCGGGGUACUGACGGCCGCGGCGGCACGCGUGGAGGUGACGACGGCCGUGAGAGCCUCCGCCAAGCAGGCCUACCACCAGCUACUAGUCGCGUCCAUGAGGGAAAACUAUAAGGAGGACACCGUGGUUGAAGGAGAUCUCAUAGAGUUCGAGAUGGAGGACCCCAACGUGCCGAACCACCAGAUGAUCAAGCUGCGCAGCAAGCAACUAGUGGAAGCGCAGGUCAGCGAGUUCGACGUCCCCGUCGCGCCCUCGAGGAAGUAAAUAGGGGAAUGUCAUGAGGACGGCGGAGGAUUACAAGAAUUAUAAUCAUGUAUUCACUUAACUAUUGUUAGAGCUUGUAAGCUUACGCUUACGAUUGCGUUUCUACGCCUUCGAUAGACUGCUAUACGCCAAAGCGCGCGCUUUAAAAUGCCUAAUGCUUUAACUAUUGGCGUUAUUUUAUUACCAUUCAGAACUAACACGAAGUAAGUAGUGGGAGAUUAUAAAUCAUGAAUAGAUUAUACUAUAACUUUUUUGUGCGUUACCUUACUACUUGUAAUGCUAUAAAAUAAAAUUAUAUGUGUUAUAAUAAUCAAAUCUAUAUUAAUAAAUUAUUUAUAAAUAACA